GGCCAAAGAGGCUUCAAGAUACAGCUGGACUGAGAGACCCAGGGGCAGGCUGGAUGGCAGUAAUGGGGAUGAAGGCUCAGGCUGGUCAAGCUGGCCCAGCCAUCUACAUGGUCAUUCUCCAAAUGACCCCUCUGUGGCCUUGGCUGAGCCCAGCCUGAGCUCAUUAGCUACAGCUGUCAGGAAAGGUGCCUUUGCAGAGGCCAGGGGCUGUUCUGGGAACAACCACCCAGAACCUGCUGCAGGCCCGUACCCCUCCUUUCCAGAGUGCCCCAGCCCACCCCUCCUCUUCUCUCUACGGCUAACAAUAAGUAACUAGAUAAAGUCUAGUUACUCAUGCCCACUCUGCCUGGGCGUCGUUCCAGCCACCUCACGUGGAAGGAUCUGUCAUGGCUCCAUUUUACAGAUGAGGAGACAGAGGCACCCAGCUGCCAGCUCCUGGAGACCUGUAAGCACCAUGGCUUCAGUGGACCCCCUUCUGGGCUCCCUUGGGUGAGGGAAGAACAUGGAGCUGCAGAUCCAGACUACCAGCCCACUUCCAUCUGCACGUGGUUGGGCAUGUCCCUUGGAUGGUUGGGAUGACCACUGAGGAGGAGACUGCAGAUCCCCUGCAGUGGAGGAUGUGGUCCAGUCUGAACGAGUGGCUGUGGCAGGACAGGUUCUGGCUACCACCUAAUAGCUCAUGGGCUGACCUGGAGGACCGUGAUGGCCGGGUCUAUGCCCACCCCCAGGACAUGCUGGCGGCCCUGCCCCUGGCCCUGGCCCUGGUGGUCGUGCGCUUCACCUUUGAGAGACUCGUCGGCCUGCCCCUAAGCCGGUGGCUGGGUGUGCGGAAUCGAGCCAGGAGGCCGGUGCAACCCAAUGCCACGCUGGAGAAACACUUCCUGGUAGAAGGACAGAGACCCACUGAGCCUGAGAUGGUUAUCCUGGCCACCCAGUGUGGCCUCACACUGAGGCAGACCCAACGCUGGUUCCGAAGACGACGGAACCAGGACCGGCCUUGCUUGACCAAGAAGUUCUGUGAGGCCAGCUGGAGGUUUGCCUUCUAUCUGUUCUCCUUCUUUGGUGGCCUCUCGGUCCUCUACCACGAGUCAUGGCUUUGGAGGCCAGCGAUGUGCUGGGACAAUUACCCAUAUCAGACCCUGAAGCCGGCCCUGUACUACUGGUACCUCCUGGAGCUGAGUUUCUACAUUUCCCUGCUGAUCACUCUGUCCUUUGACAUCAGGCGUAAGGAUUUCAAGGAGCAGGUAGUGCACCACCUCAUCACCAUCACCCUCAUCACCUUCUCCUACAGCACGAACUUGCUGCGCAUUGGCUCUCUAGUGCUGCUACUGCAUGACUCCGCUGACUACCUGCUGGAGGCCUGUAAGAUGUUCAACUAUGCACACCAGUGGCGUGUGUGCAACUCACUCUUCAUCGUCUUCUCCUUGGUCUUCUUCUACACUCGCCUUGUGCUCUUCCCCACCCAGAUCCUCUAUACCACGUACUACGAGUCCAUCGCCAACUCGGGCCCCUUCUUUGGCUAUUACUUCUUCAACUCGCUUCUGGUGAUGCUGCAACUGCUGCAUGUGUUCUGGUCUUGCCUCAUCCUUCGUAUGAUCCGCAACUUCACAAAGAAAGGCCAGUUGGAGAAGGACAUUCGCAGUGACAUGGAGGAGUCGGACUCGAGCGAAGGGGAGGAAGCCCAGGAGCAUCCGAAGCUCAAGAAUGGGGCAGCUCAGGGACCUGGGGUAGCUUCUACCGAUGGCCCUCGGAGCCGGGCAGCCUGGCGGCUAGCCAAUGGGCAUAUGUUGGCCACGUAGCUAGCCAAAGACUGACUGUGCUCCUCCCAGUGCCUUGGAUUUGUUGGGUGGCUGCACUGGCAGCUCUUGGGCCAGCUUUGUGGAGACAGGGAGGGUCCCACCCCAGGGUCGGGGAAGGGCUCAUGACCUGUCUCUAGCCUCUUCCUUCUGCAUACCCUCACUCCUUUCCUUGGGGCACUAGACAGAGCUGGGUGGUGGGCAGCAGCAGAGUGCUACAGCCCACCAGAGGCACCACGAGGCUGCAGUCUGAGGACUGUGAAGAGCCCCGGUGUGAAAGGAGUCCAAUAAAACUUGUACAGAGCCAAA